AUGGCUUCACAAUCGCAGCCCGUCCCUGAGGGGAUGGAGAACUUCGUCGUCGGACUGAUUGGUAUGGGCGAUAUGGGCAAGAUGUAUGCCGAAAGGCUGUCUGCCGCUGGCUGGAGCGUCGAGGCCGCCGUCAUUGACCGUGUAAUUGCUCAGUAUGGACCAUCUACCAAGCUUGGUGCCAUUGUUGGAGGCCAAACCUCUUGCAAGUCCCCCGAGAUCGCUGCCUUCGAGGCUCACCUCCCCGCCGACGUCGAUAUUAUCUCGUGCCACUCACUUCAUGGCCCCAAUGUUGAUCCGAUCAACCAACCCCUUGUGCUCAUCCAACACCGCGCCCCAGACUCAGCUCUUCGAAAGGUUGAGACUGUCCUUAGCUGUCUCCGCUCAAAAUUUGUCCAUCUCUCAGCCCGCGAGCACGACCGUAUCACCGCUGAUACUCAAGCAGUCACCCAUGCAGCCUUCUUAUCUAUGGGCAAGGCGUGGCACGCUAACAAGCAAUUUCCUUGGGAGCUGAGUCGAUAUGUUGGCGGUAUUGAGAAUGUCAAGGUCAAUCUGAUGUUGCGCAUCUACAGUCAAAAGUGGCAUGUAUACGCUGGCCUUGCCAUUCUCAACCCUGAAGCGAGUGAACAGAUCUCACAGUACGCACGAAGUGUCACCGAUUUGUACAAACUCAUGCUCGAAGGAAACCGCGAGGGUUUCAGAGAACGAGUCUACCGUGCACGCGACAAGGUAUUCGGUCCAUCCACGACCUGGGACACACGUCCCUUGCUCGAGCCGUCGAUCUUAUCGUCCUUCUCGCUUGGUACGCCUACUGAUGAGCCUCGACCCAACAACCAUCUCUCGAUCCUUGCAAUGGUCGACUGCUGGGCAGCACUCAACAUUGUGCCAUACGAUCACAUGCUCUGCAGCACUCCUCUCUUCCGCUUGCGUCUUGGUGUCACUGAAUAUCUGUUCCGCAACGAAGAUGUCCUUGAGGCAGCCAUUGAGACUGCAAUUGAGGAUAAGACGUACCGUAGCGAUGAUCUGGAGUUCACUUUUGCAGCACGGGCCUGGGCGGAGUGUGUGAACCUGGGGCAUUUCGAGACAUGGGAGAAGCGGUUCGUGAGUACUCAGCAGUUCUUUGAGCCACGAUUUGAGGAGGCCAAGGUGGUGGGCAAUCAAAUGAUGAAGAAGAUAUUGGAGAAUUCCAAGGAUAAUUAG